CGAUUAUUCAUUCUUCUUUCACUAACUACUCCGUACUCUGCGCCCAACCGCUAGGCCAUUCGAUCUCUUGCAAUCCAACGAAUCGCAGCCCCCCUCCCCCCUCGUUCUAGCCACUCCGUCCUGAAGAUCCUGCCUUUUCCAUUCAAGUCUGCCUCCCCAGGGCUCCAUUCACCAUCCACCGUCCACACCAUCAACGCCCUGUAGCCAGCCCUCCAGACAGACAGGCAGCAAGCGCUCCCUCAGUCCGUGCUUCAAUCGCCCAAAUCUCCCCGCCCGCCCUGGAUGUUUUCGACCACGCUCACCAUUCAUCAUGUUGACGGUUGAAAAGCAGUGGAUUAAUGUACAACAGAAAACCUUCACCAAAUGGCUCAAUGAUAAGCUGAAGGUGCGGAAGAUCUUCAUCGAUGAUCUGGUAGUCGACCUUUCUGACGGUGUCAUCCUUAUCCAUCUGCUUGAAAUUCUCGGUGGAGAGUCACUCGGUCGAUAUGCCUCGAAGCCGAAACUGCGUGUGCAGAAGUUCGAAAAUGUCAACAAGAGUCUUGAUUUCAUCAAGGGGAGGAGGAUCCCGAUGACGAACAUUGGAGCGGAGGACGUGGUAGAUGGGAAUCGGAAGAUCAUUCUGGGCUUGAUAUGGACACUCAUUCUGCGGUUCACGAUCAGCGACAUCAACGCGGAGGGAAUGACCGCAAAGGCGGGUCUUCUUCUGUGGUGUCAACGAAAGACCGCUUGCUACGAGGGGGUUGAGGUGCGGGACUUCUCCACUAGUUGGAAUGAUGGUCUGGCCUUCUGCGCUCUCUUGGAUAUUCAUCGACCGGACUUGAUCGACUUCGACGCACUGGACAAGAAAGACCACCGGGGGAACAUGAAACUUGCCUUUGAUAUCGCGGCUAACGAAAUAGGCAUCCCCGACCUGCUCGAUGUUGACGAUGUCUGCGACGUGGCGAAGCCUGAUGAGAAGUCACUCAUGACAUACAUCGCUUAUUGGUUCCACGCUUUCUCCCAGCUUGAGCGCGUCGAGAAUGCCGGGCGUCGGGUGGAGAAGUUCAUCAACAAUAUGCAUGGUGCAUGGGAGAUGCAGAAUUCCUACGAGCGGAGGAUGAAGGAACUAUUGCGCGUGAUCAGAGCACAACGAGAGGAGUGGAAGGGAUCCUCGUUUGAAGGCACAUACAAGGAUGCAAAGGAGCAAGCCCGUCAAUUUUCCUUAUACAAGAGAAACCAGAAGCGACAGUGGGUUGCGGAGAAAUCGGAUCUCGCUGCUCUGCUCGGAAACAUCAAGACAAAACUCAGCACGUACCGACUCCGCCCUUACGAGCCCCCAACGGAGCUAAGUCUCGAGGUUUGCGAUGAGGAAUGGGAGGGCUUGACGCGUGACGAGCACGAACGUAGUCAGCUUAUUAACGAGACUAUCCGGGAUAUCAAGAACGCUCUCCGUCGCUCCUUUGCAGACAAAGCAAAUGAUUUCGCACUAACGCUGAAGACGCUGUCUCUUGCGAUAUCUGGUCUCGAUGGUGAUGUAGAAGACCAAUUAGCUCAUGUCAAGAGACUCAAUGACAACCUUCCUCCCCUUGAUGCGUUCCUAGAUACCAUUGCGGCGCUCGACGAGCAAUGUGCCGAGGCGAAUAUUGAAGAGAAUGACUACACCACAUAUACUUUAGAUGAACUCUCCUACGAGCUGAGUCUGGUCAAGUCCAGCAUCUCCAAAAAGCUCGCUUUUCUCGACAAUCAACUUGUGGCUCGGAACAUGACCAACCUUACCCCAAUCCAGCUGGAGGAGUUCGAGUCUGUUUUCCGACAUUUCGAUCGCGACUCUUCCAACACCCUCCAUGAGCUGGAAUUCUCGGCCGCUCUGGCCAGUCUUGGCCUCGUAUAUGAUGAAGAGGAAAUGCAUGACGUCUACGUUGAGACAUGUGGUCCAGCUCGGCUGGCACAAAAUGCCGGUGUUAGCUUUGAGCAGUUCAUUCGAUUCAUGGUCAGCGUGACAGAGGAUCAAAAUACUGCCGAGCAGGUUUACCAGAGUUUCCGCGAGGUUGCGGAUGGCAAGCCAUACGUCACGGAGCUCGACCUUCGGCACUCCCUCAUCCCCGAUGAGGUGAUUGAGCACCUUGUCCAAACUAUGCCACCACACAAUGGUCCGGAUCUCCAAGAGGAUAGGGAUCUCCCUAAGUAUGACUACAUCAGCUUCAUGGAGAAGAUGAUAGAGCAUAACAACAACAACCAGAGCAACGCUCCUGUGAAUGGCGGAUGUUAAUAGAUGUCUUUUGCAUUGCACUACCGGUGUUUCCCUCUUUCAUUUCCUUAUCUCCCUUCUGGACAGUAUGGUUGAAGGUUGCUAUUGGUGUUUUCUGGAGCUAAAAGGGAGGGGUGUGUCUUCGGUGACCUUUUGACCAUGCAUACAGGACUAUGACCGAGGCGUCUUUUCUCUUCCUUUUUGCAUCACAUUCAUGAGCUUCUCCUUGUCUGAGCUUCUCUUCCUAGCACGAGGGUUUGUACCAUUCCAAGCAUGUACAUCAUCCUAAUGGGGCGGAAGUAUUUACAAAGAUUCGCAAUCAAACUCUUGUUGCAAAGCAG